UAUCUUGAAGUAAAUCAGUUAACAGUUCACAUCCAAAAAAAAACAUGAGAGAGAGAGGUAGAGUGAGAAACAGGGAUUCAAGCUACAGGCUCCAUGCAAGAUCGGGACGCGCAGCACUGAGCAGAGAGUUUGCAGGAUCACGAGGGAGAAGCAGACAAGGGUGGUCAGUGGAUACAGGGUACAGGAGAGUUAGCAGAAACAAGAAGUUCAACCAUGCCUGGGGGUACAACAGAGGAUUAUAUAAACAGGCUACAACUUUUUUCUUCUCAAAUAUCCCAAAUGAUUGGAACUACAAUGACAUGUGGACAACUUUCGAUAGAUAUGGGAGGUUGAUAUCAAUCUAUAGUCCACAAAGAAGAAACCAAUUCGGAAGGAGGUUUGGUUUCCUCAAGUACAUUGAGGUAAGAAAUGCGAGGGAGCUGGAAGAGAAACUGGACCAAAUCUGGGUCGCUGGGCGGAAAAUAUGGGUUAACAUUGCCAAAUACCCGGAGGAGAAGAUUGCAGCCAAGAAGAAAAGUCUACUCUCAAACCCGUUUAUGGUGGUAGAAGGGAAAUCCUAUGCAGAUGCUGUUAAAGGCCAGGAAGAAAUGAAAUAUGGUAAAACAGGGUCUCAACUAAAGCAGAUAAGAACAGAGACGGUGUAUGGAAAAAAAGGAAGCAUCCCCAAAAACAGUAAAACAGAACAGAGGAAGAUAUGGAGAGUAAAAAACAGAGGGACAGAAUGGAGAGGAUUGGAAUACAAUGUGAAGGAAGAAGAUUAUGAGUGGCUUCAAGGCUGCUACGUUGGUAUUGCCCAUUCAGUUGAGAUGGUUCCCAACAUCCAAGAGAAAUUUUAUAUAGAAGGGUAUUUCUCAUGCCGGCUAAGGGCGAUGGGAGGCAAGAUGGUUCUCAUGGAUUGCGAGGACAAAGAAGAACUAAAGGAUUUAGUGCAGGGAGCUGCAGAUUGGCUGGGGCAAUGGUUCUCUGAAGUUAAACCCUGGUCACCUCCUAUGGUGGCAAAAGAACGGUUCGUUUGGAUUAGAUGUCAAGGAACCCCUUUGCAAGCUUGGGGUCCUGCGUUCUUUGAGUCAAUGGCAGUUCCAUGGGGCAAAUUUAUAUGCCUGGAUGAUAGUACAAGUCAGAAAAGGAGAUUCGAUAUAGCGAGAUUCCUCAUAUCAACCCAGAUAAUGGACCUCAUCUCAGUCAAAAGGCAGAUUACAGUGAAUGGGGAGGUGUACUGUCUCAAGUUCACUGAGGAAGAGAUGACUAACAGUCUUUUUUCGUUGAGAUAUGAUUUCCUUCCAAGCUUCAAAAGUGAUUCAGAGCAUGAAGAAUACUGGUCGGAGGCCAGUGAUUAUGACGAUGAAUGGCAAGAUGAUGAAUGGGGAACCAACAGGGAGAGGGCCGGGGAAGAAGAAAAAGCCGUUGGUGAUACAGUGGGCCACAGUACAAAUGACAGAAGGCACGCCGUCAGUGCAGCAAACGAGGAAGAGUUUGAAUUAGAAGAAAGAGGUGCUGAAGCGGGACAAUUUGAAAAAGCUGAAGGAAGUUCCCAAAGCCGGUUAAAAGAAUGGGAUACUGCAGAAGAAGUAGCUGACAGCAUUGUUGAAGCAACAGUGUAUGAAGUUCAGGUUGGACGAGAAGAGAAAGGUAGGGAAAAAGAAGCUAGUUUAACCAACCAAACUAGCUCAGACCCUAUCCAAGCACCGGGGGAUGAGUUACGGUUUGGGCAAGCUGCACAAUCAAAAGGUAAUAUGGGCCAUAAUCAAAAUGUUGUGAAGGGCUUGGUAGAGAGACAAUGGGCCUGCAACAAAAAGGGAACAAUAGUUCGGAGGGGGCCCAUUCCACUAAAUAAAAAAGCAAAAAAGAAAGGGAGCAUAAUUAACUUGAAAGCUCUGGAAGCUGUCCGAAGAACCCACACCAGCUCGUUGACGGCAGACAAGGGGAUCGAAGACAGCAACGGGAUGGAUGGGUCAAAUAAAGUAGGAGUUUCUUCUCAGCUGGUGAGCGAAGAUGAAGGAAUUCAGUUGAUGAUCUCCAAGCAACCACAAGAAGCGGGAAUUUCUGCUCAGGUGGAGCAUGUAGAGAAGGAAGUGCAGUUGCAGAUCUUGAAGAAGAAGGGACCGAAGGGGGCUAAGGAGGUAAUCUCGGUAGAGAAAGAGGGGGAUCUGGUUCAGUGGGAGCACGAGCAUGAAGAAACGCAGUUGCAGAUCCAGAAGCAGAUGGGAUCGAAGGGGGCAGAGGCGGGUUUUCUCGAAGAGCCAGAGGGGAUCCCUGUCCAGGUCCCGGGCAACAAGAACAGAAAGAAGAGGUCAAAGUCAUGCCACUCGGUGUAUCUCAAAGCACAGCUGUCAGGGGUGAUGAUUCGGAACAAAGAGGGCAGAGGGAGAUCCAAGGAGAGCGAACCAAGAACAGAGGAUUUUCCAGAAUUUCUGUCAACUGGAAGAAACUCAGUGGCGGGUGACUCAGUUGGGGAUAGCGGGAUUGAGAACUGCAACCGUAUCUUGAAAGAGGAACAAAGUAGGAAAACAGCAGAAGAUCUAUGGGAUUUUGCAAAAAGAAUUGGGGUGGUUGCAGAGGACGAGGUAGGUGUAAUUCGGGAUUUAGAGGAGAUGGAGAAAAGAGACAGAAAAGAAAAAGAAGCGGAAGGCUCCAAGGCAGGGAGCGAGCAUAAGAAGGAAACUAAGAUGGAAGGGAUAGAUAGAAGUUCUUGUAGAAUGAUAUGGGGAUCAGAUGAUUUUGAAUGGGUUGCCAGGGAAGCAGAGGGUUUGUCUGGAGGUAUGCUGUGUAUUUGGAAUUCCAAAAAAUUUAAAAUGGGAAGAGUGUUGGCGGGGACGGACUUUAUAGGAGUUGAAGGGGCCUGGGGUGUUGAACAGUGUCCAGUAAGUAUUAUUAAUGUCUACUCCCCAUGUCAACUGGGGAAAAAGAGAAUUCUAUGGGAGGAGCUAAAAGCUCUAGUAGCAGGGAGAGGUGGGAAUUGGUGUAUUAUGGGAGAUUUCAAUGCUGUAAGGAAAGUGGGGGAAAGAGGAGGGAGUAGAGAAAUAUCAGCGGAAAUGAGGGAGUUUGAUGGCUUCAUCAGAGAUGUGGGUUUGGUUGAUUUACCGUUAAUAGGGAGAAAAUUUACAUGGGUACAGGCAAGUGGCCGCUCUAUGAGCAGAAUUGACAGGUUCCUGCUAUCGGAAGGUUGGUUGACUAAAUGGGGUGAUGCCAAGCAGUGGGGACUUAAUAGGACAGUAUCUGACCACUGUCCAAUUUUGCUGAAACAACAAGUAGUUGACUGGGGGCCUAAACCGUUCAAAUUCUUCAAUUCUUGGAUAGAGCAAGAAGGUUGCAGAGAGCUGAUUAAAGAGACUUGGAGUAAGGCAGAUGUCCAAGGCUGGGCGGGAUACAGAAUAAAAGAAAAGCUGAAGAUGACCAAGGAAGCCCUAAGAAAAUGGAGCAAGGAUUUAGUUCCUAUCAAUUUCAAUAAGAGCCAUUUAAUUGGCAUUUCUGUGGAGGAAGAAUGGAUAGAAAAAAUGUCAUGGGUGCUGUGCUGCAAAAAGGGAUCUUUCCCCUUCAAAUACUUAGGCAUCCCGAUUGGGGGACGCUACGGGAAGAUUGCCUUCUGGAAACCGCUGAUAGACAUUUUCAGCAAGAAAUUAUCCAAAUGGAAGGGUCGGUUUCUAUCUCUCGGAGGUCGCAUUACUCUUAUUAACUCAGUGCUCGAUAGUCUCCCGGUCUUCUGGAUGUCGGUAUACUUGAUACCCAAAGGUACGAUUCUGCUCCUUGAUCAAAUUCGUAGACGGUUUUUAUGGGGUGGGACUGAAGGGGGUAAGAAGAUCAAUUGGGUUAAAUGGGAAGUGGUGUGUAAGGAUAAGAAGAAAGGUGGUUUGGGAGUAAAAGACCUUAGGAAGUUCAAUAUGGCUAUCUUAGGAAAAUGGUGGGGGAAAUUAGUGUCGGAGGAAAAAGGGCUAUGGAAAAAAAUUAUUUUUGAAAAAUAUGGGAAGGCGGGGGAACAUAGCUACUACUGGCUGAGAGAGGAGAAUAACAGUGGAACAAAAUGGUGGAGGGACAUCUGUAGAGUAAACACAAUAGCAGGGGAAAAUAGGGGAUGGUUAUCUGAUGGUUUUAAUUUAAAAGUAGGUGAAGGGGUUAGUACUAAUUUCUGGUGGGACAACUGGAGAGGGGAAGGGUGCCUUGCUAACAAAUAUCCUAGACUUUACUCUCUAUCUACAGGGAAGGAUAACAAAAUCCCUCAAAUGGGAGAAUGGCUGAACGGUAAAUGGGAAUGGAACCUUCAAUGGAGACGAAACCUCUUCAGCUGGGAAAUUCAACAAGCAAGAGAUCUACAAAAGGACAUUCAAGACAUAAGACUCAUCAGAGGCAAACCGGACCUUUGGGAAUGGGCUCACAGCAAAGAUGGAACUUUCUCCACAAAUUCAGCAUAUCAAAUACUCACAAGGGAGACUAGAUCGGAGCAGCAUGGAAUGGAACUCCAGAAUGUAUGGAACAAGCUGAUUCCCAACAAAAUCUCGGCUUUUUCAUGGCAAUUACUGCAGGACAAAAUCCCCACAAAGCUUAAUCUGCAUAAAAGAGGUAUUAUUCCAGCUCUUGAAGAUUGCAAAUGCGCUUUAUGUGGUAGGGAAGCAGAGAAUACUAGUCACCUCUUUAUUCACUGUAAUUUUGCUUGGCAUCUUUGGAAUGCUUGUUUUAAAUGGUGGGGUUAUAUACAUGUGCUUGAUAAAGACUGCUGGAAGGUGUUUCAGCAGCACCCAAAUCCACUAAGAAGAGCGAAAUGGAAGGAGGGAUGGGAAUGCAUUUGGUUUGGUAUUGUUUGGACAUUAUGGCCUGCUAGAAAUGAGAAGAUCUUUCGAGAGAAGGAACCAGACAGAAGGAGGCUCUUGGAGCUGGUACAAAUAAGGACAUUUAGAUGGCUAAAAAGUAGAAACGGAGGCUGUGUUUUCUCCCUUUCAGAUUGGCUCCAUAAUCCAACUGAUUGUCUGACCAACAUCUGCAAGCAACAAGCAAAGUCUCACAUACUGCCAAAGGCACGUCCAUCCCUCCAGGAUUGAUUGUUUUUUGUCACUCAAUUUGUAACUUUCUCAAUUUGGUGUUGGCCUGGUGUACUCCUGGUACCCGCAACACAUAAUAAAGUUUUCUUUGCAUU